AUGCUGAUUCCUCCAGCAUUCGUCUGUAGAUACAUCACUGCACAUUCAAAGGCCAAUAAAGAGACUGCACUCACACAGUCCAUGAUACAAUCAGAGCCAUCAAAACAGCAAAAGAGAGCCAUAAGGAUCCUUCUUCUACCAAGGAAAGGUGAGUGA